ACAGGUCGUGCUGCAUUUAGUUCAUUGAAAACUCAGUUGCUCUUCGAGCAGUCCGGGAGAGACUGCUUUCGGCUUUUUAUCUGUUAAGAUUUCCUAUAGAACUGCAACAAUGCCCAAAAGAAAGGCUGCAGGACAAGGUGAUAAGAGUCAGGAGCCAAAGAGAAGAUCAGCCAGAUUAUCUGCUAUGCCUGUGCCCAUUAUUCCUGAGGUGAAGCCCAAAAGAACAUCAACUCCAAGGAAAAUGAAGACAAAAAGUGAAAUGAUGGAAAAAAACACAGAUCCUUGUGAUAUAAGUGCCAAAGCAAUAGAGGAAAUAAAGGAAGAAGACGUUAAAGAAGAAUACAACAAUGAAAGUGCUAAAAAUGGAGAAGCCAAAAUUAUAGAGGUACUAGUUUCUAAAAAAGACAUUGAAGAAAUAAAAGGAGAAACUGAAAAUGUCAAAGAAGAGGGUGAAGAAAAAGUAGAAGAGGUCACAGUAGAUGGAAAAGAAGAUGAAAAAGGAGAUCAGAAAGAAGAUAGAGAAGAUCAAGUUGAAGAAGAAAAAGGAGAAGAUGGGAAAGAAAACAAAGAUGGAAAAGAAAAAGGAGAAUAUGAAAAAGAGAAUGAAGAUGGAAAAGAGAAAGGAGAAGAUGGAAAAGAGGAAGUAGGUAAAAAAGAGAAAGGAGAUGAAAAAGAGGGUGAAGAUAGAAAAGGGAAAGGAGAAGAUGACAAAGAAUCAGAAGUGGAAAAAGCAAAAAGAAAUGAAAAAGAGGAUAAAGAUGGAAAAGAGAAAGAAGAUGGAAACGAGAACAAAGAUGGGAAAAAGAAAGAAGAUGGAAAAGAGAAAGAAGAUGAAAAACAUGGGAAAGAGAAAGAUGGAAAAGAGAAUGAAAAUAGAAAAAGGAAUGAUGAUGGACAAGAAGACAAAGACAGAAAAGAGGAUGAAGGUGGAAAAGAAGAUAAUGGAAAGGAAAAAAUAGAAGAUAGAAAUGAGGGCAAAGAUGGAAAUAUGGAAGAAGGAAAAAAGGAAGAUAGGGCAGAAGAACAAGAAGACUAUGGAAAAGGAGAUGGAAAAGAUAGAGGAAAUGGAAAACAAGGUGAAAACAAGCCUGAAGCUGGGAAAGAAGAGGAAACAAAAGAGUCUCAGAGUAUUGUUUAAAGCUGCCCUUUAUACUUUCAUAAAUUGGCAAUAUGUACCUCCAUGUUGUAAUGUUAAUAGAAAUAUAGAUGAAUAUUUUUAUCAAAUAUUUUAUAAAAAUAGCUUUUCUUUAGCAUCAGUUUAAUUUCAGAACAUCUUCAUACUGAUUAGUAGCCACAAAAUUCCUAACAGGAGACCUUCAUCUUGAAGUUUUGUGAUUAUAAUAGUAGAAUAUAUAGAAAAAUAUGCUUUCAACUUUGUCAGUGAAUUUUGCAUUGUGUAAAUCAUGUGUUAAGUCUUUGGAUUUUAGUUUUAUUCUAUGUGAUAAUUUUACAAGCUAGGUCUCAAAGAGUUUCCUCCAACAUUCUUGUGGUUCUCUAAAUUGCUUUUAUAAAGAAGGUGAACUAUUUUCGUGUAAUGUUAAGAGUUGAAUUAUCUUUCCCAAAUAUAACUUUCUUGUCAGCUUGAGGGAAAAAGUAAAAUUGUAAUUCCAUUUUUAAAAACGAUACAAAUAUUUACUUCAGAAGGGCAGUUCUGAUUAUAUAUGUAUCCACAGAAUUUUACUGACUUAGCUUAAUAAAAAGACUCUUCAAAGAUGAUUGUAGUUUGUUAUAUCUCCAAAAAUGUAGGGAAAUAUUAUAUUUAAUUUUUUCUAUUGUGAUGUCAUAUAAGCAAUUUAAAUUUGCACCAAUAUAAAACUAACAUAACAUAUACAUCACCAUUUAAACCAUUUCAAAUUAUACAAUUCAGUGGUUUUUAAUACAUUCAAUCAUUUGUGCAACCAUCACCACUAUCUAGUUCCAGAACAUUUUUAUCACCCUAAUAAGAAACAGUACGAUUAAUAAUGCCUCUGUAUUCUCCCUCUCAUAAGGGUUCCCUGACAACCACUAAUCAACUUUCUAUCUCUAUUGAUUUGACUAUUCUGGUAUUUCAUAUAAAUGGCGUUACACAAUAUGCAACUGGCUUCUUUCAUUUAGAUUAUUUUUUAAGUUCACCCAUAUUACCUGUGCCAUUACAUCAUACCUAUUUAUGACUGAAUAGUAUAUUACAUUGGUACACAUUUAAGUUAUCAUGUUUUAUCAAUUAUGAGUAAUGCUACCAUGAGCAUUCAUGUACAAGUUUUUGAGUGCAUGUAUAUUUUCAUUUCUCCUGGGCAUCCAUGUAAGAGUGGAACCACUGAGCCAUAUAGUAAUUCUAUCUUUAUAUUUUUGAGUAGUUUCCAGACUUCUUUCCAAUGUAACUUUAGCAUUUAUAGUCUCACCAGCAAUGUAUGAGGAUUUGAAUCUCUCCCAGUCUUUGUCAGAACUUGAUGUUUUCUUUAUUAUAGCUAUCCUAGUGGGAUGAUUUUUUUUUUUUUGAGGGAGGUAUCAAAAUCACGGUGAUUUUGAUUUGCAUUUGUAAAAUGAUGUUGAGCAUAUCAUCUUUUUGGUUAUUGGCCAUUUGUAUAUCUUCUUUGGAGAAAUAGCUAAUAUGCUUUGGUCAUUUACAUGGGUUAUCUUUUUAGUAUUUAGUAUAGUAAAAUUAUGUAUAUACUUCAGAUACUAGUCCCUUAAAAGAAUAUGUGAUUUGCAAAACUUUUCCCCCAUUCUAUAGGUUGUCUUUUUUUAAAAAGAUUUUAUUUAUUUGUUUGUUUAUUUAUUUAUACAAGCACUGGGUACAGUCAGAGGCGGGGGAGGGUGAGAGAAUUCACCAGAGCCAGAGCGGAGAGUAGAACAGGCAGAGUGACGAAGUACACUGCUGAGGGGAGCAGUGGGCGGCAAGAGAGCUCUGCGCGCCAUGUGGGACCCUUGCGGGUGGCCAGGGAUCUAACCGGCGCUGCAGAGGUUGCAGGCAGCUUUGCAACCCAGCGCUCAACCGCUGCGCCACUGGGGAGGCCCUAUAGGUUGUCUUUUCACUUCCUUUAUAUUGUCUUUUGAUGUGCAAAAGUUUUAAUUUUUUAAAAAUUUAAAAUGUCCAAUUAGCUACUUUAUCUUGUUUGUGUUUUGUGGCAUAUCUAAGAAUCUUGAGCCAACCCCCAAAUCAUAAAAAUGUACAUCUAUCUAAAUAAAGAACUUACAGUUUUAUCUCUUACAUUUAGGCCUUUGAUCCAUUUUUGAAUUUUAUAUAUGGUGUGCAGCAGGUUUCCAACUUCAUUCAUUUUCAUGUGACUAUCCAUUUGUCCAACCACCAUUUGUUGAAAAUAUUUCCCCAUUGGAUAAUCUUGGCACUCCUCAAAAUUCAAUAGACCACAGAUGUAUGAGAUUUUUUUCUGAAUUCUCAUUCUAAACUAUUUUAUCUAUACUAUGUUAGUAUCACAUUUGGUAACUAGCAUUGUAGUAAAUUUUGACAACCAGAAGUAUAUUUCUUCCAAUAUUGUUCUAGUUGUUCAGAGUUCCUUACAUUUCCACAAGUUUUAGGAUUCGGCUGUACAUUGUACCAAAAAAAAAAGGAGGGGCAGCUGGAGUUUUGGUAAAGAUAACAAUAGAAAUGCAAAUCAAUUUAGGAAUUAUUUCUGUGUCAACAAAUGAUGCAAACACAAGAAUUCUUUUCAUAUAUUUAGGGUCUCUUAUUUAAACUAAUUUGUAGUUUGUAGUGUACAAGGCGUGCUUCCUUGA